AUGCCGUCCUUCAAGCCCUUCUCAUCGGUGACGGGACGUAACAGCUACAGCCUGUUUGACAUUCGCCUCGACCAAGACUUCAUCGUAUUCCGCGGCAACGAUCAUGAAUCCUCGGGCCAGUUGCUCAAGGGCGUCGUCGUCCUUUGCCUCUCCUCGUCGCUGCGCAUCGAGGAUGUGCGCCUGCGCCUCACCGGCACUCUGCGAUUGGCCUGGACUGACCAGAGAUCAAGUACUGCCGCCGUGUCGGGCCAAAAAGUCGACAGGUCCACCGCGAUACUAGAUCACCGCUGGGCUCCCUUUGUCGGCACCCAUGGCAAGAGCAUGACGCUGCCCGCCGGCAACUACGAGUAUCCCUUCGAAUUCAACCUGCCCGGCGACACGCCCGAGAGCGUCGAGGGUGUCCCGGAGGCCUCCAUCACCUACCGCCUCAAGGCCACCGUCGGCCGUGGCAAGCUCGCCUACGACCUGCAUGCCUACAAACACCUCCGCGUCAUUCGCACCCUCGAGCCUGGCGCCCUCGAAUUCCUGCACGCGAUGAGUGUCGAGAAUAUCUGGCCCAAUAAGGUCGAUUAUUCCAUCAUUAUCCCGCAAAAGGCUGUCGUAUUCGGCGGCACUAUCAAUAUGCAUAUGCGCUUCACCCCAUUGCUCAAGGGCCUGGAGCUGGGCGAGAUCACGGCCCGCUUUAUCGAGCUUCGCGACUGCUGGAUUCAAGGCUCGACCGGCCUGAACAUCCGAGAACACCACACGGAACGCGAGGUCUCGACUUGGAGAUUCGAGGUCAAUCCCGAGGAACACUGGCAAGACAUGAUUGAAGACACGGGUCAGGAAGGCUGGUCCCUCAACAAGCCCUUGAACCUCCCCAAGCGCUUGCGCCAAUGCAUUCAAGACUUGAACCACCACGGCAUCAAGGUGCGACACAAGAUUAAGCUCACCGUGGCCCUCAAAAACCCAGAUGGACAUGUCUCUGAGCUUCGUGCCACGCUACCGGUAUCCAUCUUCAUCUCUCCAAACGUACCCUUCGACGAGCAAGGCAACCUGAUGAACCAGUCGCCGGGCGCGACACCUGCGGGCCAGGACGCGGCCGCGCUGGCGCCGCCUGGCUACGGCGAGCACGUACUAGACCAACUGUACGAGGACGUUGACACGGCCGGCUUGCAGACACCGGCCAUUCAGUCUGGCGUUAACAGCCCCUUUUACGCACACUCGCGCACGGGAUCGGCCGACAACCUGGCGGCGUUGGCCGACAGCGCCCCGAUUGCGCCGGCCGCGCUGUCGUCGCGGCUUGCAGACGUUUCAUUUGACUCAUCACGGCGCAACAGCUCCUACACGUCGAUGCACUCGUCGGCCGGUCUGACGAGGAGCAACAGUCACGAGGACUACUCGAGGAGGAACUCGGUGGAGCACUUUGACGCCGACGAGACGGACCUGGCAGAGCUGAGUCGGGUGCCGAGUUACGCGACGGCAGUCCGCACACCUGCACGGUCGCGGGCGCAGACGGGAAGCUGCCCGGUGCCCGACUACCAAACCGCUCUCAGUGCGCCGCGGACGCCGCCGGCGACGGACGUCAAUGUCGAGCAUCUGACUGCCAUUGCCGAGGUGACACCCGCCGAGCAGACAAAUUCGGACGACUCUCAUUCGGGGGUGGACUUCCACGUGGAUAGGAGUCAGGCCGUCUGA